AUGCAGUGCCCAGACGAUGUUUCAUUACAGCCUGGAAAAGGUCAACCUUUUAAAAUUAUGGAUUACACAAAGGAACAUAAAUUUGGCAUUGUCGCAUCCGAUUUAAGCGAUCUCAUUAAAAAAGCAUGCAUUAAAUUAAAUAUUGUGCCGGGAACUCCAGUCAAAGUUACACUGGAACAAGAUGGAACCGAAGUCGAGGAUGAGGAUUAUUUUAGCACAUUAGAAAAAAACACAGCACUCAUGAUUUUGAUAAACGAUCAAAAAUGGCUUCCACCAGGAAAAUUACCCAAAUACAAGAUAGUGAUUGAUGAACCGGAUGGUGAAGGAAUACCUCCAAAACAUUUACAAAAACUUGUCGAUAGAUUGCAUUCAGAUUUGACUUCGAUAACAUUGUUAGGAGGUAAAGAAUUAGAAUUGUUGGCAGAUAUGGAUCCGGAUAGCAUUGCAGAUUUUUUCCCAGGAGAUAAUAAAGUUUUUUUAGAAACACUUAAAGAAGCCAGCAGCAGGUUUCUGGCGGAAAAGCAACAAGCUAAGGAUGCAAUGGAUUUGCUCAAAUUAUAUCAUUGCCAUCACAUUGCAUCAGAUUCGAGUUCUGGUGAAAAAACGACUGCUUAA